UGCUAAGGAAGUGAUCCUUGACUACAGGAAGGCGCUGUAAACAAGGACCAGAUCUGCUGGAUUAGCGUUAUCGGCUCGUUUUUACCAGCAUUGCCGAUCAAUGAAUCGAUCGCGGUGAUUGUGGUAUGCGGGUGCAUUGUAAUUGACUCUUAUGGCAGAAUUGCACAUAAUUGGACAGAUCAUCGGGGCCACCGGAUUCCCACAGAACAGCCUCUUCUGCAAAUGGGGUGUACAUGCAGGUGGAGCAUGGAGACUUCUUUCUGGUCUGAAGGAAGGCCAGACUCAGGUGGACAUGCCUCAGAUAGGGGACAUGGCAUACUGGAGUCACCCCAUUGAUUUGCACUACACUACAAAAGGCCUACAAGGAUGGCCUAAGCUUCAUCUCCAGGUGUGGAGUCAGGACUCUUUUGGCCGAUGCCAGCUGUAUGGUUAUGGUUAUAUCCACGUGCCAUCAAGCCCAGGACAGCAUCGUCUGCAGUGCGUGACAUGGCGUCCGCUGGGAUCGUGGCAGGAUCAACUCUCUGAGAUGUUUGUCGGAGGAGGACCGCAGCUGCGCUCGCCAGAUCUCAUCUACAGCGGCGCAGACCGAUACAGACUCCACACAGUUGGCAUGGGCACAGUUGAACUAGAGCUGUGCGUUAUUCUGCGCCACUUUGACAGAUAUGGUGUGGAGAGCUGAGAACAGACUGCAGGUUGUCAUACAUUUCAGAUCUAUGAUAUAUGGAGAGGAAAAGAAGGUCAAAUAUUUUGUUAUAUUGGGCCGGAGGUAGUGUAAGGAGGUGUGUGAUAGGACUGAUAACGUGUAUUUGUGCUUUGGAUCUCAAACAAUACUUUUUGUAUUUGCUUUUGUACACUUUUUGUAUACUUUGUAUGUUUUAUAGAUUUCUAUUUUGUUCUGAUGCAAUUAAAUUUAGCAGUGUUCAAAAAUGAAACAUUUCGAACUCAUACGAGAAACUCUGACGCAGCUGAGUUCAGCUCAGCACAUGGUUUCAGUUUUUUCUCAACAUAGACACAGCUUUGUGUAACUUUUUUUUGUAGCAGGCUCUGUUUUAUGUAGAUAGCUCUUUGGCACAUUUUGCUCAUUUCCUGUUUCGACUUUCAAACAAAAAACAAAAAGGCAAGUAAGAUUAAAGCAAAUUUUUGCCAUCAGCAAAAGUAUAUUUAAAAUACAAAAAUACAACUCAAUUAUAUAUAUGUAUAUGUAUAUGUAUAUGUAUAUAUAAAACAAACAAAGUGUAUUGACUGUUCUAAAGGGGUGAAAUCUUUAAAAUUGUUUCAGAAAUGUUGUUUUGAAAGGGCGUUAAACAGCAUUUUAACGCA